AUGGAUGCACAUAAAAGAAAUACUGAAAAUUAUCAAUCUAGUCUUACUUUAGUUCACCUCAAAAACGAAAUAUUUGAAAGAUUUAUAUUGAGAAUAUUAAUUACGACUUAUUGGAGUCAGUGUGCAUGUCGCGAUUUAAGGAAUCAAAUCAUUUGGAAGCAAUAG